AUAUUGGAACUUGAACCAAUAGAUUGGAAAUUGGAAGAAGCUUUCUGCUAGACAGCGUGGGCACAAGAGGGGAAGUGAGGGGAGGAGCAAAGGCAGACGGAAAUGCAAAUGCGCAGUGUGACAAGGCGUAUGUACAAACAUGGCCGACAUGGAAGAGGGAGAUGGUGCUUCUGAGCAGCAAUCUCACCUUGUUAAUCCUAUUUUACACGUCUUAGUGGUUGGUUUUCAUCACAAGAAAGGAUGCCAGGUAGAAUAUUCCUUCCCUCCUUUGGUACCUGGCUCCAAGGACGAAACAGAAUGCCCCCCAGGGUGGAAGUACCUCCCCACCUUAGCCCUACCUGACGGUUCACACAACUACGAUGAUGAUACUGUGUAUUUUCACCUCCCUAGUCUCACCCACCCACGAAAGACAGUCUAUGGCAUUUCAUGCUUCAGGCAAAUUCCUGUAGAGAAAUUAAAGCAACGCACCCCUGACAUGACAAGAGGGACAGUUCAAAAGUCAGUUUGUGUGUUAAGUGAUGUCCCUCUUUUUGGUCACAUUCAAGUGAAGAUGGAGCUUAUUACACAUGCGUAUUUUGAUGAAGGUGAUUUUAGUAAGGUGUCUCUUUUGCAAGACACUUACCAUCACCUCAAUUCCUGCCUGUCACAAAUUGAUGAUUUACAGUCAGCACCACAGCUCUUUGUUGGGCUGUCUACAAGGGAUCUCAUACUUCAGUUUCGUCACAAAGCACUUAUCCUCUUCAAGUUAUUACUGCUGGAGAGGAAGGUUGUGUUUUACCGCUCACCUGUUCAACCGCUGUGUUCUACUAUUUUAUCCCUGCUAUCUUUGCAUCCAGGAAUGAUUGAAAGGGGCUUGACUGAGUCUGCAUGUGUGCGCCCGUCUAGACCCUUGUCUCCUAUACCCCACUUUGCAGAUAGUCCUGAUAAAGAGUUUGCUGAAAGGACUGUUGCCAAUGAGGAUGUGUCUUCAGAGAGAGUAUCUGUUACUCAAGAUGUGAGCUCUACAGACUCAGGAGUUGGGAAUAGCAUAGCUGAAAAUAAUGAACAGCCUGAAAACUUAGGCCAAACAGAAGCCACAGAUGAAAACAAGUGGCUGGAUAUUUCUGCCAAAGAUGAGUUGGAGUACAACCAAACUCCAGCAGUUUCUGCCCCUUCCUCUCUUACUACAUCCACUGUUGGACUAGUAGGUAUGGAGCCAUUGCCUCGAGAUUGGUCAAGUAAUGACUUGGCUAGUCGACAGCAGAACAAUCUUACAGCCAUUGCUCAAAUAAAUGCCGAUGAAUGUGGAACUCCCCUACAAAUAUUUUCCAAGGGUUACUUAUGUUUACCAUAUUUAUCCUUACCGUAUAUGGAUUUACUAUUUGAUGUAAAUGUCCGUGGGUAUAUAGUAGGGGCCACAAAUGUUUUAUUUAAACAGAAACGACAGUUAAUGGAUGUUUUGGUUGAGGUUGAGACAGCUUCGCUAGAAACUCAAGACCCAGUUCUCAGGCGGCAGUUGCAUCUAACAACAGAAGAUUUGCGAUUUGCAGACUUCCUUGUGCGGCAUGUAGCAGAAGAGCGGCAUGAUGUCUUCCUUGAUGGAGUUGGCUGGGAAGGUGGGGAUGAAUGGAUCAGGGCACAGUUUCGUGUCUAUCUUUUAUGCCUGUUGCGGACAUCUCUUUUACAAGAGAGUUGCAGAGAAAUAGAUCAAUUCAACAAUGCCUUUGUAACAGCAUGGAAAGGUACAUCAAACUAUCAGGCAUGGCUUGGUUCUGAUCAUAAUGGCAUUUUAGAAUUAAAUCCUGGUCACCCAUUUGCUGGACAACUCUCUGCAGCAGACAUAAAACUCAGAGUGAGCCAUACAAUGCAAAACACAGAGGGGGGCAGGAAAGUUACACAAGCUGUAGCUUCAACAACCAAAGUUGUUGGUGGAGCUAUUAAUCAAGCAAAAGGUGCUCUGACCAACUGGUGGAGCAAUCUCACAGCAAAUCAGGUGACUGGCACCGGGCUUGAUGAUGCUGAAUUUGCAUCAGAGGAAGCAGAAAACACAUCAAUAUCUGGAGAGCAAAGGCAGAACUCAGUACAUUCCAGUGCAGAGUAGAAGUGCCAGACAAACACAGCAAAUAGAGAUGAAAAAUUGAGUCCAGUGUGAAAAGGCUUUCAAGUAUCCACUUCAGCUGUGGGUUUGGAUUCCAAACCCAGCGUCUGGUUCUAGGUAUCAUGUUACUUGAAAAAUGUUAAACAAUGCCAUGAUGUGGCAACGCGAGGUUUUACAAUUUUGUUUUUGUGAAUUAAAUGUCUUGCACUAUUUAUAAAUGAAUAAUUUAUAUUUAAAUAAAAUUUAAUGCUCAUCGGGUUCUGAAAAAGUUUACUUUUUAACUUUCUCAGAGCCUGUAGGCUGUGUUUGUGAGGCCAAGCAUCUUAAAAAGACAGUCAGUCAGUUGGAAUCUCUGAAUUAAACUUCUUCUACUCAUGAAAGAAGUCAGAAAAUAUUAUUUUUGACAUUAUCUGGCUGAUUUUAUCAGUGUUUUUUGUUUAAACCUGACUAAUUUGUGAAUUUCAAUGGUUCCUAACCAUACGACAUUUUAUGCAAUUCUUACCAGGUAACCUGAUUAUGAAAGCAGUUAUACAAUUGCAGCACAUGUACCUGAAAUAAAUGCACUAUGAUUUAAUCAUAUUAUUAAAUGUUAUUUUAUUAGAUUCAUGUGGUUAGCAGCAGAGCCCUAUGACAUGGCUGAUAUUUUCCCUUCAAUGAAAUGCAAAAGACUCAUUUUUCUUGUUCAUGGUAACAAUCCAAGAAUUGCUCUCUUUGAAGUAAUAUUGUUAGUUUUGGGUAAAGGAAGUUAUGCAUCACUAAUUGAUGGAACCACGUUAAAAGUCUAUACUUAUUUGUUAUGGUGUUGUUUUGUAGGCUUCCUCCUACACAUGUUCUCACACAGCCAUCUGUUUUGGUGUUGAAGCUUUAAUUUAUCAUCAGUCUAAAUUGUCAGUUCCAUACUUAACAUUUCUUAUCAUAUGAAUGUGUGCAGUGUACCAUGUCCAAGUAUUAGUUCUUUUUUUUUUUGUAGAGGGAAGUGUUGUUUUAUUAUAAUUUUAAUUGUAAUGUUUUUGUGUUGUAAUUUGGCUGUGUUUUAUGCAUGGAUCAGUUGUUUUUUCUUGUAUUUGUUGUCUGUAAAUUUUGGUCUGUUUCUUAACUGGAUUUUAUACAAAAGUGUCGAACUGAUGAUUAUAUUUUACUUAAUCUACUGAUUUUGUUACAAUUUUGUAUUGCGGCACAGUAACCAACGUUUUUGCUCACCAAACUUGCCUUGGCUGCCAGUGACGAAGAGUAUGGACAGAAAAAGGCAAGGCUGGCUCUUAAUUGCUAGUGUCAGUGUGCAUCCUUAAUGCUUCCAGGUCAUCUUUUGAAUAGUUUGUUUAUGGUUGCUCAGAAUUGUGCUGUUCCACUAAAUACCAUUCCAUUAAUUUAUCUAUUUACAAAUAGCUUUAAGUGCAAUCAGCCAAUGCCUGAUUCCAUGUAAGUAUUGAAUUUGUCUUGUUGUGCAAUAAAGCUCUUUUACAUUA